UUUAUUUUCCAAUCAUAUUUUCCAGAUAGAACAGCCAAAACCUGGGAUUUGACAACUGGAAAGGAAUUAAUAUCAUUCUCAGGCCAUCCUAAUAAUGUUUUAAAAGUGAAAUAUUGUGAAAAAAAUAAAAUGACAUUCACUGUGUCUCAAUCCUAUGUGAAAGUAUGGGACAUUAGAGAUAAUUCCAGUAAAUGCAUCAAAACUUUAAGUUCAUCUGGAUUAAGUAGUAGUGGUACAGUAAAUAUAUCAACUACUAGACAAACAGACCUAGUUCCUGGUGAACAUCAUAUUAAUGAUAUAGCUCUCAGUGAGGAUGGAUUUAUGUUAUAUUGUGCUACUGGUAAUAUAGUGAGAGCUUGGGAUCUCAGACGAUAUAGUGCUGUUGGUAAAUUGAGUGGUCUGCAUACAGCAGCUGUAAUGGUGUUGGCUGUAAAGGCUCAAGAUACAUCUAGUUUAGUAGUAACAGGCUCGAAGGAUCACACCAUCAAGAUUUUUGAAGUAAUAGAUGAUGCAGCUGGAGUUUUAUCACCCAAAUAUGGCCUGGAACCACCACAUUAUGAUGGUAUCCAAUCAUUAGCUAUUACUGACCAAACAUUAUUCAGUGGCUCCAGAGAUUCCUGUAUCAAGAAAUGGAAUUUAGAAGAUCAACAAUUAAAACAGUCAAUGAAUCAAGCUCAUAAAGAUUGGGUGUGUGCCUUAGAUUUUGUUCCAAACAGUAACUAUUUGAUUAGCGGUUGUCGUGGUGGUUUUCUGAAGUUAUGGCAGACUGAUAAUUUUACUCCUGUAGGCGAAAUGAAGGCACAUAGUAGUCCAAUUAAUGCCAUAGCUACCAACAGUUCUUCAAUUUUUACUGCUUCCAAGUAA